CCGGGCAUUCAGUAUUUUGAAGUGCAACACAGAAAGAUGGGGCAGACAUUCACCAAGUUGUUUAGCAAACUAUUUGGCAAGAACGAAAUGCGAAUUCUUUUGGUCGGUCUUGAUGCUGUGGGUAAAACUACCGUCUUAUACAAGCUAAAGCUCGGAGGAAUCGUGAGAACAAUCCCGACUGUUGGAUUCAAUGUUGAGAAAAUUGAAUAUAAGAAUAUCAGCUUCACUGUCUGGGAUAUCGGCGGCCACGACAAGAUUCGUUUCUUUAAAUUCUACUUCCAAAACACACAAGGGAUUAUUUUCGUGGUGGAUAGCGAUGACAGGUAUCAAGUUAAUUAUGCAAGGGACCAUUUGCACAAAAAGUUGAAUGAGGAUGAACUUAGGGAUGCUGUUCUACUCGUGUUUGCUAAUAAGUAUGAUUUGCCAAAUGCAAUGAAUGCUGCAGAAAUAACCGAUAAACUUGGUCUUCAUUCUCUCCACCAACGCCCUUGGCACAUCCAGAGCACAUGUGCAACAUCCGGUGAGGGGCUUUAUGAAGGUCUAGAAUGGCUAUCCAACAAAAUUAUCUGCAAGGUAAGUUAA